AUGUUUGAUAUCGACGAUUCGGCCUUGGACAAGGAAAAGUGCUAUACGACGAUCGGAGAGCUCCCACACUACGUUGAUCCGAAGCAGCCACCGACGAGAAAAUCUCCCUUCUCAACCGUCUCAAGACACUGUUUUGUCCAUUCGACAGAGCUUAUCCUCCCGGAAGAAAUCUAUCAAGCUGCUUGGGAUUCAAUUGCAAACAAAAUUAGCAUCUGCCAGUAUGCAAAAGUCUUCAUGUCCCUCUCAGAUAUUCUUGAUGGAGAAUUCUUUAACAAGUAUAUAAAAACUGGCAAUAUUUUGAUGAUCUCAGAGGGACAAAGCGGCGUAGACAAUGUGUAUUCUCUCAGAGAUGGUAUUCUUAGAUUAGAACUAGAUAAGAGUUCAUACGAACGAGCGGGCCUUGUCGGAAAAUCCGUUCGUAGUGGAGGCAAAAAGCAUGUAGCAUCAAGAUAUGUUGUGGAAAUCAAUCUCCGCCUGCCUUCUAUGCUCCACGGCAAAAAGGGAUUCGAGCGCAUUGUAUGGGCUUUCAAAAAUGUUCUUAACGAGUCCCUUACAUGGCUGUUCAGCGAUUUAUCCCCGUCCUCAGAUCUAUCAGGUCAAGAUGCUCCCAUCAAAAGGCAUUCACCACAAAUCUUCUCGUGCACCUCAACAAAGUCACGUUUCCAAAAUGUCCUAACUCCAUCAUUUACACCAUCCACUUUUCAGGCAGAAAGUGAGCAGGCAAUAUCAGAACUCUCCGAUACCUGCGUUGAAAUCCAGGAGUGGCUUGCGCUGGCCUUCCUAGGGACUCCACGCCUCAACGCGGAUGACUCGAUAGAUCCAUAUCUUAGUCGAUACUCGGUGCCCAAUAAAGAGAACUGUACUUCCUCGAACCUCGUGAAACUCACCUGGAAAGGAUUGCUUCCAAGUCAUUGGAUCACACAGUUACUCAUCGCCACGCUACGUAGUACUGCGGGGUCGGACUCCUGGUUUGCAAUAUCUUCACACGCACUCGGCAAGGAGGCGGUUGAAGGCAAAGAUGGGUAUAUGAUAUUGGCACCUCCUUGUUAUAAAGCUGAUACUACAGAAGAUAACGCUUUGAAAUCGGACCAGAAACAGCCACGGAGGAAAUUUGUUUGCUGGGAGUACGUUGGCUGCCCGUGGUCAGCCUCUUGAUUGUGUUGUCUCGACUUUCGUAUGAUUUAUAGUCACAUCGAUAAAGAUGGCCGAAAUGUGAAGUCAAAGUUUCAUCUGGAUAGAGCCCUAAAAAGAAUAAAUGGAUUUGUCCAAAAGCCCCCUUUUACGGAGCGUCAUGCAACCAAAUGCGUAGUUACCAGCCAAAGUCCAACCCAACGGAGUACAGCGAGAAGAGAUAGACGACUUAUCCAAGCAAAUCAUGAUAUACAUCCCUCAACACGGGUCUCCUCCCGACCAUCUUCGCAGCAUGUGUCUCCUUACCUCCAAGCUUUUCAGCCUUCCUACCGCCCAUCCCAAACAAACCACUUUCGUUCCUCAUCGGACCAAGCACCGUCCGAGAUUGCCUCUUGACAGGACUCCUCUUUAUAGGACUCUGCCCCUUCUUCUUUGGACUCACAGGUUUACUCUUUGUUCUCUGUGGACUCACCUGCGUAAACGCAGGUUCCUCAAAAACAUGACUCUCUACCGCUGUCGGGGGCAAAUCAUAACACCAACCUUUCCCAUCCAUAAGCUUAACAAACCUAUCCAGCAAUUCAUUCCCCUCUCGAAGCGUGGUCUUGCUGCCCACAAUAAGGAAUUUGGUCCGCGCCCGUGUGAAUGCAACGUUAACCCGUCGCCAAUCCCGGAGUAAUUCGCCCACAUUGUUCUCUGCAUUGCUUCGUACGCAGCUCAUGAUAAUCACUUCUUUAUCGCGUCCCUGGAAGCGGUCGGCCGUAUGCAUCUCAAGCUCAGGAAGAUGACGGCGUAGGUUCUGCCUGAGGAGGGCGAGCUGACUUCGAUACAGGGUUACGACACCUAUUUCUUGUGCGGGGAUUCCGACGGAGAUGAGUGCUUCGACGAGUUGGUUGCAGAGAGCGACUUCGACGACGUUGACGAUGCGUGAGCCGUUAGCAGACUCUCCGGCCCGGGGGUUUAAGAAGUCUGUAUUGACCAGGC